CGAACGGCACCACGCUGCACCCCCUUCCAUCCCCUCCGGUCGCUGUUGUGACUCACCUCCAUCCUCACCCUGCACCCCCGACACAAAGGAGCGCCCCUCUCCCUCUCGAUUAUCAACACAACAUGUCACGAUUCUUCCACGGGAGCGACAGCUCCAGCGAAAGUUCCUCCGAAGAGGAGGAGUUGUACAGCGACGAGGAGCAACCACGAGCCCAACCAGCCGCCACCGACAACUCUGACGCGGAUUCGGACGAUUCUGAUGAUGAUGACGACGAUGGCUCGUCAAGCAGCAGUGAUGCAGGCGGCAAGACGGGCGCGAGUAAAUUUUUGAUUUCCGAUUCGGAAGAGGCAAGCGAGAGUGAUGAGGAGAAAGUCACCGUCGUAAAGUCGGCCAAGGACAAGCGAUUCGACGAGCUCGAGGGCACGAUCCGGUUGAUUGAGAAUGGCGAGAAGAUUGGCGACUGGAAUGCGAUCAACGACAACUACGACAAGAUGCAGAGGCAAGUGCCGGUCCUCGUGCGUGACCUGGAUGGCAAACCACCCAAGAUGUACAUCAAGAUCAUCGCCGAGCUCGAGACGACCGUGCUGGAGGCGUUUGAGAAGCAAAAAGUCACCCCGAAGAAGAUGAACCCCAUCGCACAGAAAGGCCUCAACGCGCUGCGGCAGAAGAUCAGGAAGAACAACCGCGACUACACCACCGAGCUUGAGGAGUUCAGAAAAGAUCCAGAUGCGUACAUGAAGGAGGACGUCGUCGAAGAACCCGCCCCGACCACUCGGAAGCCCAAGAAGUCGCUGCUGCAGAAUGAGAACUCGCUCGGGGCCGGCGAUGAUGGCUUUACCAUGGUGGGAGCAGGUGGCAAGGCCAUGGUCUACACGCCCGAGAGUAUCCUGAAGCAUCUGCGAUCCAUUGUGGAGUCUCGUGGAAGGAAGAACACGGAUCGACUUGAGCAGAUCCGGGUGAUGGAGCGAUUGCUCGAUGUUGCCACGACCACAUACCAACGCAUCCGCGUCCUUCUAACGGUCAUCGCGACUCGAUUUGACUUGACAUCCGGCACCGGCUCCCAAAUGUCGCAGGAGCAGUGGAAACUCGCACAGUCGGAGAUUGCCCAGCUUCUUGGCAUUCUGGAAGGUGACAAGGACAUUGUCGUUGUCGAGAACGCCGAGGAAUGGGAGGACGAUGAUAAGCAACCGCCCAUUGUCUCUGGCGACCUGUUCAAAGUUCCGGGAAGCGUGGUCUCAUUCGUUGAGCGCCUGGAUGACGAGCUCACGAGGGUCCUCCAACAUGUCGACCCACACACGGCGGAAUACGUGGAGCGACUGCAAGACGAAGGCUCAUUGUAUACCACCAUCGUCAAUUGCAUGCUGUACACCGAGCGUUUGAAGGCCGACAAGCGCUUGGACGCAUCCCAAGAUACCAUCAACCGCGUCGUUAUGCGCCGCCUGGAACACGUGUACUUCAAACCCGCCACGGUGAUCUCCAAGGCCGAGGAGGAUACCUGGAAGGUCGUCCCGGCCAAGGUGGAUUCCGCCAUCACACCUCGCGCGCAGAGUAGCGAUGUUUCCAGUCUCGUGCAGACGCUGGCCACCUAUCUCUUCCAGCACGCAGACGGCAUCAUCCGCGCUCGCGCCAUGCUGUGCCAGAUCUACUACCUCGCUCUGCACGACUCCUACUACCGCGCCAGAGACAUGUUGUUGAUGUCGCACUUGCAAGAGACGAUUGGCAGCUUCGACGUCAACACCCAGAUCCUCUACAACCGCACCCUCACUCAAGUCGGCCUCUGCGCCUUCCGCGCAGGCCUGGUCUACGAGUGUCAAACGGCGCUGCAAGACAUCUGCGGCAGCCAACGGCAAAAGGAGCUCCUCGCGCAGGGCUUGCAAAUGCAACGUUACUCCCAAAUCACUCCGGAGCAGGAGCGUCUCGAACGCCAGCGCCAACUUCCCUUCCACAUGCACAUCAACCUCGAACUGCUCGAAUGCGUCUAUCUUACAUGCAGCAUGCUUCUCGAGAUUCCUACCCUGGCACAGGCCGGCUCCUCGCCGGACCUGAAGAAGCGCGUCAUCUCCAAGUCGUACCGCCGCAUGCUCGAGUAUCACGAGCGACAAAUCUUCACCGGCCCGCCGGAGAACACGCGAGAUCAUGUCAUGCAAGCCUCGAAGGCCUUGGCUGCGGGAGAGUGGAAGAAGUCGGCUGAGUUCAUCACAUCAAUCAAAAUCUGGGAUCUAUUGCAGCGUCCUACCGAGACCAAGAAGAUGCUCGAGGGACAGAUUCAGGAGGAAGGCCUCCGGACGUACCUCUUCACCUAUGCUCCCUUCUACGACACGCUCAACCUGGACACUCUAGCGGGCAUGUUUGAUUUGUCCACGAGCAAGGUCACGGCGCUCGUGAGCAAGAUGAUUCACCAUGAAGAGCUCGCCGCCGCCCUUGACCAAGUCAACUCAGCCAUCAUCUUCCGCAAGGGAGUAGAGUUGAGCCGUCUCCAGAGCCUGGCGUUGACACUUUCGGACAAGGCGCAAGGCCUGAUUGAGAGCAACGAGAGGGUAUUGGAGCAGAGGACACAGGGUACGGCCAAUGCCUUCCAGAGGCAGGAUGCUGGCCGCGGUGGCCGAGGCGGGAGAGGAGGCGGGAGGGGAGGCGCGAGAGGAGGACGAACGCAGGGACAGAUCCGGAGAGGCGGUGAUGGAGGAUCGAGUGGCUUUACGGGCGGGGCUUUGGGCAAUGCGAUACGGGCGCAGUAGACAUCCGGCUAAGGACCUGGGCGUUUGUGGUGUCUGUUUGAAAGGGAGCGAUCAUAUGCCGGCUCUGCAUUGGUCCGCUCUGAGGCACCGCACGAUAGCUGCAAGGCAAUGAGAUGAGAAGUCGCAUACAUGACAUUCCGGCGCAUGCUGCUGUCUGCUAUAUUCUGAACUAUUGAGCUCCCGCUGGGAGUAUCGUCAAUCAUAGCCGGACAGUCUAUGCAAG